UCAGUUACCAUCUGAACUAAGAUGUCUCGUUUAGAAGCUAAGAAGCCAUCGUUGUGUAAAAGUGAACCACUAACAAGUGAGCAAGUCAGGGCCACACUUCCUGUCCUGAAAGGACUCUUGAUGUCAUGCUACGGCCCUUCAGGGAGGCUGAAACAGCUGCACAACGGCCUUGGCGGCUCUGUAUGCACAACCUCACAGUCGGCAGCCCUGCUGGCUAACCUUCCUGUCACCCACCCCAUUCUGAAGAUCCUGACAACUUCCGUGAGGAAUCACGUAUCAUGCUUCAGCGACUGUGGCUUAUUCACAGCCAUUCUUUGCUGCACCCUGAUUGAAAAUGAGCAGAGAGUGGGCCUGACACCUACCACUGUUAUUAAAUUAAAUAAGCAUCUUUUGAGCCUCUGUACCAGUUACCUCAAGUCCGAGGUCUGUGGUUGUCGGAUUCCAGUGGACUUUAGUAGGACGCAGAUCCUCCAUUGUUUGGUGCAUAGCAUAGUAAGAAGUAAACCUGCCUGUAUGCUCACCAGAAAGGAAAUAGACCACAUCAGUGCUUUGAUUCUGAGAGCCUUUUUGCUUACAAUUCCCGAAAACACCAAAGAGCACCUCAUUUUAGGAAAGAGUUUAAUUGUGCCUUUAAAAGGGCAGAGUGUUACAGACUCUACUGUAUUACCUGGAAUACUUAUUGAAAUGUCAGGUGUUCAGUUGAUGAAGAUACUACCUAUCACAAAGCCAGAUGCCCUCAAGGUGGCACUCUUCUGUACAUCGUUAUCUGGAGAUCUGUCUGAUACUGGAGAAGGAAGUGUUUUGGUCAGUCCUGGGGUUUCUCUUGAAAAUGCAGCCCUGGAUCAGUUGCUUAACCUAGGAAGGCAGCUAGUUAGUGAUAAUGUAGAUCUCAUCUUGUGCCAAAAAGUUAUUCACCCAUCUUUGAAACAGUUUCUCAGUGUGCAUCGUGUUAUUGCCAUAGACAGAGUUGGGGCAGCUCUGAUGGAACCCCUGAGUAAAAUGACAGGAACACAACCUAUUGGUUCUCUAGCCUCAAUCUCUCCUAGUAGUUACGGAAGUGUGAAAGAUUUGUGCAUGGCAAAGUUUGGCUUGAAGCACUUUUUCCAUCUCAUUCCUAAUGAAAUGACUGUCUGCAGCUUGCUCCUCUGCAGCAGAAAUGACACUGCCUGGAAGGAGCUGAAGCUUGUAUGUCAAACAGCACUGCACGUUUUGCAGUUAACAGUCAAGGAACCAUGUGUUUUGUUGGGAGGUGGCUGUACUGAAACUCAUUUGGCAGCAUAUAUCAGACACAAGACUUGUAACGAACCACAAAGCAUUCUCAAAGAUGAUGGAUGUACUCAAACAGAACUUAAGCUAAUUACUGAAGCCUUCUGCAGUGCGCUAGAAUCUCUCGCUGGCUCUUUAGAACAUGAUGGAGGUGAAGUUGUCACUGACAUGAAGUAUGGACACCUUUGGUCAAUUCAGGCAGAUUCUCCCUGUGUUGCUAACUGGACAGAUUUGUUUUCAAGAUGUGGCUGUGGACUAUACAAUAGCCAGGAAGAACUCAGCUGGUCCUUCUUAAGGAGUACUCGGCAUCCUUUUGCACCACAACCCUGCCUUCCACAGGAAGCUGCAAACUCAGCCAGUAACCUGAGCUUGGACUGCUUUACUGCUAAGCUUAGUGGCCUACAGGUGGCUGUGGAGACAGCCAAUUUGAUUUUGGAUCUUUCAUAUGUCGUUGAAGAUAAAAACUGAUGUAUGAUAAGUUUAACUGAUGCAAGAUAUGUUUAUAUUACAAAAAUAAAACUAGUAAGGUGUCAAUUAGGAGAAAUAUUGAGUGUAUUUGUUCUCUCCCGAAGGCCUGUUCUGCAUAUUUGGAUAGAUGAUUCAUAAAAUUAUAGGUUUACUCAUAUAAGGAAAGAAAGGUAUGAUUCUCGAAUAGAAAUACCACAGAGUAAUAACUAUGAAACAUUAUUAUUAAAGACAUUAUAGUUAUCUAGGGAUUCCACAUAAUAUACCACUGUAUAUUCUAAAUUUUUGUUGUUAUUUUGACAGCAUUCUAAGAAAUAAAAAAUUCUAAUUA